UUCUCCCUUUCGCGCGCUUCUUCUGCCAAAUCCCGUAAAUCCGCCGAACCAAAGGAUUUCGUAAAUGCGGGAUUUACCACGAAAGAGGGAAUUUUCCGUCAACCGCGGCUUUGAUUUAUCGUGAGAUUUAGUUUUGCAUUUUUGUCCGUUGGCUGGAUUUAGCUCAAAUCCGGCCUAAAUCUUGCAUCCAAACAGCCCCUAGGAGUCGUGGCGCUCGAGCUUGCCUUCGGCAGGCUACCCAUCGAGCUUAAGCGGACGGAAGAUAAGGAUUUAAACUAAAAAUCUUCCUGAAAUCUUGCUCAAAUCCUGCAUCCAAACAGCCCGUCAGGGAAGAAAAGCAUGGCGGAGGGGCGGCCCAAGACCUUGCCGGUGCUCCCAUGGAUGCGGAAUCCUGUUGACAUCGAACUCUUCGACAAUUGCCCUCUCGGUUUUAUUCCACUCUUAGAUCCAAGAUUAAUGGAGGCUUUGCAGAAAAUGGAUAUCCAAUCACUAUUUCCUGUGCAAGUUGCAAUGUGGCAGGAAACAAUUGGGCCGGGCGCGUUUGAAAGAGAUAUUUGUGUCAACUCGCCAACCGGGACUGGCAAGACAUUGGCCUAUGCUUUACCCAUCGUGCAGAUUCUCUCAACUCGGAAGAUUAGAUGUUUGCGUGCAUUGGUUGUUUUGCCUACUCGAGACUUGGCUUUACAGGUUAAAGAAGUUUUUGAUGCCAUUGCUCCUGCAGUAGGUCUGAGUGUAGGAGUAGCUGUCGGGCAAUCAUCUAUUGCAGAUGAAGUUUCAAAGCUGAUCGAGCACCCUAGACUUGAUAUGUUUUCAGCUUUUGAUCCGGAGGUUUGGCAAACUAAACUGCAAAGUUCUGUGGACAUAUUAGUUGCAACACCAGGAAGGCUGAUAGAUCAUAUUAAUACAACAAAAGGUUUCAGUCUGGAGCAUCUAUGUUAUUUGGUAGUGGAUGAGACAGAUAGGCUGUUAAGGGAAGCAUAUCAGUCUUGGUUACCAACAGUAAUUCAACUUUCUUGUUCCAAAAAUCAAGCAGGUUUUAAGGAAGAUGAGAUCGUCUCUUCAACGCUUAAUUAUUUGACCACCAUAAGACGAGGUGGUGUGGAAAGAGGAUUUAAGGGUAAAUGUUAUCCAAGGUUGGUUAAGAUUAUAAUGUCUGCUACGCUGACACAAGAUCCAAGCAAGCUUUCUCAACUUGAUUUGCACCAUCCUUUGUUGUUAACAAGUGGAGAUCGGCGGUACAAGUUACCUGAAAAACUGGAGUCAUUCAAACUAAUUUGUGAAUCAAAGUUGAAGCCAUUGUAUUUAGUUGUGCUUUUGCAAGAGCUAAGAGGGGAAAAAUCGAUAGUUUUUACAUCAUCAGUGGAGUCAACUCACAGGCUUUCCAAAUUACUUAAUUUAUUUGGAGAAUUACCAUGCAAGGUUAAAGAGUAUUCAAGUCUACAACACCAAUCUGUCCGAAGCAAAAGGUUGAAGGCCUUCAGGGAAGGUAAAAUCGAGGUUCUUAUUGCUUCAGAUGCAAUGACUCGUGGAAUGGAUGUUGAAGGAGUGAGAAAUGUUAUUAACUAUGACAUGCCUACUUAUGUUAAGGCAUUCGUCCACCGUGCAGGUCGGACUGCACGAGCGGGAAACAAGGGCCGUUGCUUUACUUUACUGAGAAAAGAUGAGGUCAAACGCUUUGGGAACAUUCUCAGCAAGGCUGGCAUGAUGGUCUGUAAUGUUCAUCCCUUACCUGCUAAUUCAGUUGAACGCCUGAGGCCCGUUUAUUCUUCUGCGCUGGAGAAGCUGAAGCAGUCUUUGGACUCUAAAAGAGGAAGAAAGUACAGUGUCAGAUUAAAUUCAGCAGAAGCUGGUGAAAAGUAGACAAAAUUGAAGGAAUGGAUGCAUAUUUUGAGAUGGCUUCUUUGCUAAUAAAUCCUACAACAAUGUUAUAGAAGCUUCCAUACUGACUUGGUAUUUUAUGCUGGUAUUCAACUCCUCCUAUCAUUCUCUUUGCUGAUUUUAGCGGAAUUAUUAGCGAUGUUGUAUGCAUCCUGUUUACUUGAAUACUUUCUUUUAUUCUUCAAAAAUUUGGUCUUUGCUUCUUUGGUUAAAUUAUACUUAAAUUCAUUUUGCUAAAAGAUUUUCAUACUUUAGUCUUUCCCUCCACGCUUAAAGGAGUUACCAAUAGAGAACUCCCUUGCCUGCUCAAGUGGUUUUGUGGCCACCGUUUUUUUUUUGGGUUUCUUUUCCCAUCUGCAGUUCAGCUUGCUCCAGGGAUUUGUUGUUGAUAAAUGCUCUUUACGCGUACUUAAAAUCAACCUAAUUUUACUGUAUAUUUCAGAAAGGCCCACCAUUUCCUUGUUAAUAAGGCUUACUGAAUUCUGUCAUGUGAUAUAAAGCUCUUUGUGUGGCAGCAAACAACAAACUGUGAAAUAGUGAAACAACAUUCUUUCCAUAGGACGGCUGUAUCUGUAAGUAGGUGCUUACAUGGUAUGAAGAUUAAUUCAUAUCCUUCCAUGAAUGUUUAACCUAUUUUACAUGUCAUUCAGCAACUGCGUAAGAGUUGCUCAUGUCUUCAAAGCUUGAGGAUCCUGAAGUGGAAAGUAAAAGGGCACUAUGGGUUCAUUGAGAUUCAUUAUUUCUUGUGAAGUCUACUGCCAUGGUUAGGAGUGUUUUCCAUACACUCGAGUCUCUUAGAAGUUCAUGAAUUUCCCCAUUUAGUUUCUUUUCUAGCUCAAAAUCUCACUGAUGAUAUUUAUAUAUUUGUUGCUUAGUCUGACAGACUUGCAAACACUCUUUUGUUUACCAGGUUACUCGAAGUUUGAAUGCUAGUUUUGGAGACGAACGCCAAGAUCCGGGAGAGCAUGAAGAGUAGACCACUAAUGAUGAUUGUCGAGAAAAUUUUUUUCCCUGUAGCUUUCUUCAAAUAGAUGAUUUUUAUGGAUAACGAACUCAUAUACUCAUACAGAACAAAAUGGACUAAUGGAUCCGAGUUUUGUUUUAAAUAAUGAUCUCCUCACAUCGUGGCCCUGUUUUAGGGAAAGAAGCAGUUCCCAUCAGGUCAUCUCAGCAUUCUUUGUCUUGGUUUCUACCAUCGGACAUACCUUCCAUAUGAACACGUCCUGUAGCUAAGGUUAGUCCGAUCGAAAGAAAUGUUUAUAUACAUGUGAAGUUUCUGUAUCUAAGUCAUUGAAUGUGUUGGUAAA